CGUCGCCGGCCAGACAGACAAUGAACGACACAGCGCACAGCCGUCCACACACGCAUAAACCCUCUCAGCAACACCAAAUUGGCUUGAGGUCCGUUGUCUGGCUCUCAGCGCCCCCGUAGUCGAUGACCGCCAGCCAUCUGGCCGUGCCGCUUGCUAUGGUGACGCCAAACAGGGGGAACCAACACGACGAUAUGAUAGACCUGACGACACACACAAAAAGCAAAUUGCUCUGUGACAUUUGCCCGUGGGCCAGCCGUCAGUGCUCUCACUCACAGUAUGGGCAUUGCGGGAAGGGCCAUGUAGAGGUUCGUCCAGAGAGCCAGUGCCGCCACGCUGCCCGCCAGCACACACGUGGCCCUCACGACCUGCGGCCCAUCCGUCUUAGCACCACUGCUUGCCAAAGACACCAGCACCACCGUCAGCCAGCCGCUGCGCACAUCGCAUCCAUCAGAGACAACAGACAACACAACGGAGUGAGUCAUGAGCGACCCAUGUGGCCGUCUGUAUGGUUCGGCGUACCUAAUGAGAGUGGCCGUCUGUGUGAUUGCAGCAUCGCCACACGUCAUGAAGGUGGCCACGAUGAUGGUCAUGAUGAGGCCCCCGAGCGGCACAGCCGACAGGAGCGGCCGUGAGGUGGGCGGCAGGGCAAGCGUAAACACCACCAACAGCAAUGCCUGAGGGAACCAAGCAGCAAACACACACGCUGUCCAUCCGGCUAGGCUGUCGGCCCAUGUGUUUGUGCAUGCCGUGUUCACCCACCUGUAUGGGCUGCCAGAUGCCGCUCAACAGGAGCACAUACGCCGCCAGAUAGGCGGCCUCAAACAAACAGGCCGAAGCCGCACUGCAGCCCUCACUAACCCCCCCAUCUGCACACUUGCCCUCCUGAUCGGUGACGGCCUCCUCACUCACGCCACCCUCCAGCUCGCUCUCACUGAUGCUGUCGACCGUAUUGGCGUCGCACCAUACACCGCCCCCUCCGCCGCCCAUAGGUGUCACCGAGCCAGCCGUGUCCACCUCCCUAGGGGUCUUGUGGUCAUGCUCCCGCUUCUCCUGGGCCACCAUACCCAAUGCCACCAAGCCGACCGACUCGGCAGGCAGCGUGAGCGUGCUGUCGAUGCACCCAGUUUGGCGCAGGAUUGUGUGCCACAUCGAUCUUAUGCUGCGCCUGGGGCGGGCGGAUGGUGCGGUGGGUGGCGUGACGAUGGCCGACAGAAGAUGGGCGUCAUGAUAAAUGUGGGUGUGCAGUGGGGAGGGGAAAAUGGCGGCCAUGUCGAUGGCAGUCAGCGGCAGCAGACCCACCAGCAGGCACCUGUGGUCCUCCUGAGAUACGAAGGAAGAUAAAGACACACAUACAAACAUCACUCAUAGAAGAGGAUAUUUAUGUGACCGGUGCUGACCUCCUGGAUCGCUUGUGCCAUCUCCUUGAUAACCUCUCUCUCGCAGUCCCGGACUUUCCGCUCCCACUCGACAAAGACGCCCAGCCGAGAAGCGCGGCUGCAUGACACACACACCACACCACACCACACCACAACACACCACACCACACACAAUGGACGAAUGAAAUCGGCACCAUCCAUCCAUCCACCCACUGUCUUGGCCUACUUACCCGACGUGGCCCACACCAUUGAUGAGCCUCUCCGGGGUGCCGAUGACAAUGCCGCAGUGGGUGGCCUCUCUCUUGCCCCCACCCAUCCCCCGCUGCAUGCUCAUGCCACCGAAGCUGCCUUUAGUGAGCAGAGGAUACACCGAAACCCCCCAGCCACGCGCCUCAUCGAAUGGUAGGGCGAGCAGGCACUGGUCGGCCUGGACUGUGUGGGCGAGGAUCGGCGAUUCCUCGACGAACCGCAUCAGUGAGGGGCAGAUGUCGAUGGGGCCGCACUGCAACGCUCCCAGCAGCGUGUGCAGUGCCUGCCCCAUGAUGCAACUGGCGGCGAUCUGCGUGUCCGCGUAAUUAAUGCUGGUGUGGUGAUCCUGAUUGUCAGUGAUGAGGUAGACGCCAUCUUGCAUGGGCGUGAAGCCGAUGGGCACCACGUCCCGCGCCUUGCUGGUGCAGCAGAAAGGCGCCUGUCGGGCCGACUGAUCGUUUGGCGGCCUCAGCAACGGGAAAAGAACGUUGGUAGAGAGCGAUGCCUCCUGAAGGCAAACACGCAAGGACAGCAAGAGAGACGACAGACAGGAAAGGCCAUUCAUCCACUUGGUUGCUCGCCACAUGCACCCAGUCGCUCACCCGCGCUCCGUCUUGUUGCUCGUUUGUUGCCUUGGUGAUGCUCGCCGCUGCAGCAGGAGUGCUGGCGGGGCUGUCUGCCUUUGCGAGUGUCGUUGUGGAUGGCUGUUGCUGCUGGCCAGGGAUGGGCGUGAGGCGAGUGGCGAUGCGGCACAGCACAUCCACCAAACAGAGGAGCUGUAUCAGCCCCGUCAGCAUGACCUGCGGGGGUUUCACACACACACACACACACACACAGAGAGAGAGAGAGAGAGAGAGAGAGAGAAAUGUUCAUUGAUGUACUGAAUGAAUGAGGCGUUGGGAAGGUGCAUACCGAUGCAGUCGAUUUGUCCCGCAGAUGCUCAUUCGCCAACAGCAGAGCCAUCCUCACGACCUGCACGAAUGAGUCACAUCACAUACACAGGUACAUACAAGAGAUGCAAGCACAGAGGAUUUCGUUCACAGCGCACCUGCCAGCCUCGUCCGUGCAGCCCGACAUGCGCCAUGCCCAGUGCGGUCGUAGCAACCAGUAGCUGCCACUCCUGCCGGGCGACACACACGGACGCGAGGACGGCGACAGCACAGAGGGCCAGGCCGCGGCGCCAGACUGCAGGGCUGGUCAUGCUGAGGAAGAGGCCCGCUGCACAAAGCAGCUGCAGCAAGUUGCUGAGCAGCCCCUGCAACCAUGUCACACAGACGUCGCACGCGCGAUAUCGCCCCUCUCGUGUCCCUUUGCAGAGGUACCGAAGCAGUCGACUUGUCCGUCAGCAUAUCUUUGGCCACCAGCAGCGCCACUCUGACCACCUGAACGAACAGCACGAGAAAUACAAGACACAUGCAUUCCCGCAGAUGUGCACUGAUUUCCUUGGAAGGACCUGCCAGCCAAGCCCUUUGAGGCGCAGAUGCAUCAUGACUGAAGCCGCUCCCACGCACACACAUGGGCCUAUUAUCGCUCGUUUGGCGUGCGUCAUGAACCAAUAAAGGGCGACAGCGCAGCCGAUGACUGGCAGCAACAUUCGCCGCACCGAGGCGGAUGAUACUGUGGGCCUCGCGGCAGCCAUUGGAUGGCUGCGCAGCGGCUGAGCAGCUAUGCGCAGGUUGUUAAGCCUUUAAGGCACUCGGGACUUGUCAAGGUCUGAACGGAAUGCC